AUGAGUCAGGAUUGGAAUCAAGUAGUUUGGAAAAAGGGAAGCAAUAGACCAAAGGGAGUAACAAAAGAACAGGAUAUUAAUCAAGCAAGAAGAAAAGGUGAAGAGAUCAUUACUGAGAAAAAAUUUCUUGGAGGCAGAAAUGCAUCGACUAAACAAAAUAUUCCCCAAAAUGCUGCCAAGCUAGAUGAAGAUACGGGUGAUUACCGUAUUUUCAGAGUUUCUGGGGAAUUCUCCAGAGCUCUACAACAAGCCAGAGUUGCUAAAAAACUUACUCAAGCUCAGCUUGCACAAAUGAUUAAUGAAAAGGCUAGUGUUGUCAAUGAUUAUGAAUCUGGAAAGGCCAUCCCCAACCCUAUAUUGGUUCAAAAAAUGUCCAGAUGUUUGGGAGUCAAUUUACCAAAACCUGCUCCAAAAAAAAAGUCUGAUAAUAAUCUUGAUUAA